AAAGUGCAAGGGCAAGUCGGGUCGACACCUAACCUCUCGCCGUGAAAAAUUAGAAGUCGCUGCCUUCUGAAGUACUUUCUACUCCCUCUCUCCUCUGAGGCGUAUAAACUCUGCGUUGGUCGCUGCUAAUGUCCGCGCUUCCUUCUUGGCUCUUCAACAACAAUUUCUCUUCUGCGUGCGAAACGAAUAUCGAGCCAUCUUCGGCGAUAAACACUCCAACAAUGGCCAAAUCCAAGAAGAGCGCAGCCCAGGGCUCGGAGAAGGGGUCCAAGAAAGUAUCCUGGGCUUCCAACUCUACCAUCUCUGGUGCUGGGACCCCUCCCGGCCAGUUGAUGGAUCUCGUGGAGAACUUCCUCUUUGAGAACGAUUUUUCCGGCGCCCACCGCGAGUUCACGAAGCAACGGGCUGAGAAGGGAUGGCAUAAGUCGAAGGCUCGGAGUGGGAAGGGCGACGGUGACAAGCACCCUUCCCUGGUGUCUGUCUUCCAGACCUGGGAGACAUCGAUGAACAAUGGCGGAGGCCCUACCGCGGCUCUCAAGGUGGAGAAGGUCACGAAGGUCAGCAGUAGUGAGAGUGACGAUGAGAGCUCUAGCAGUAGCAGCAGUGGCUCUAGUUCUUCCGACAGCGACAGCGACAGCGAAAACGAUGGUGAUGUCGACAUGAAAGAUGUGGCGCCCGAGGACGAAUCUUCAAGCUCCGAAUCCAGCAGCAGUAGCGAGAGCUCCAGUGAGAGUGAGGCAGAGACCAAGAAGACUAAGAAGACCUCGGCGGUCAAGGCCAAACCCAACCCACUGAAGCGAAAGGCCAAGUCCGAUACCGAAUCAUCUUCUGAAUCUGAAUCCCAGUCGGACUCUUCUGAUUCGGACUCUGAUUCGAGUUCGGAUGAUGAAAAGCCUCAAACCAAGAAGCAGAAAGUCGCCGAAGUGUCUCCCGACUCGGACUCGAGCUCCGACUCUAGCUCAGAAUCGGAAUCCUCUUCGGAGUCUUCAGACUCGGAUUCGGAUUCGGACUCGGACUCUGAGGUUGAGGAGGCCGCCAAGGUUCCCCUACCAGACGAUAGCUCUUCAGAUUCCUCAAGUGACGACAGCGAUUCUGAGUCUGACAGCAAAGCCAAACCGUCGAUUAUCAAGGCAGAGUCUCCAGACCAUAAUGGGUCUGACACGUCUGUGACGGUUGGGAAGACCUCCCCCGAGAUCUUCCCUGUUUCCGAGUUCGCCCCUCUGCCCCCGGAACCCAAGUUGAACAACCGCGGCAAGGGCUUGAACCAGAAGAGACAGAUCAACGAACCCUUCUCCCGCAUCUCCAAGGACAUCCAGGUCGACCCUCGAUUUUCAUCGAACGCCUUCCGAGGGCACGACUGGGGCCAGAAAGCCCACGAAGAUUUGAUUGUGACGAGGGGCAAGGGAUUUACCAAGGAGAAGAACAAGAAGAAGAAGGGCAGUUACCGAGGAGGCCGCAUUGAUACCGACGCCAGGGGCGGUAUCAAAUUUGACUAGAUGGGUAGACGUGCGCUAUAGAACGGACGGUGUAGAUAUACCAUUGUGUUUCCCUUGGGCGAUGGAUUUCUUUUCAAGCCUUCCAUGCUUUGCUAUGCUGAGGAUUAUUCUAGAGAUGACGGGAGUAUGCGAUCGAGCCGGGAGCUUGGCGCUCAUUGAUGGCGCGACGCGCUUAUGUCUUCUUGAUUCAGUUUAGAGAUAACAUGGUUCUUUGCCUCCUGUCAAUAGGGGUAUCAACUUCUUGCAGUCGGUCGUCUUGUGUGCUAGUAUAGCAGACAUGUAAAGCCCCGUCGCUUAGAACCGUGAGGGAGGAUGAGAACGCAGUUACCGAAAACAUAGUUGGUUG